AUGUUCGGGAGAGAGCCAAAGUUACCUGUAGAUGUCAUCUUUGGAUUGUCUAGAACGUAUGAUGAUUACAAGUGUACAACCAAGUACAUAGAGAAGAUGAAGCUGCGCUUGCAGGAAGCAUAUAGGCAAGCAAGGACAGCUACCAAAGCUUCCCAGAACAGACAGAAAUCCAAUUAUGACCUAAGAGCCAGAGCAGCUACAUUAGGAAUUGGUGACAGGGUCCUUGUUAGAAUAGUGUCAUACGACGGGAAACACAAGAUAGCGGACAAGUGGGAAGACAACCCAUAUAUCAUUAUUUCCCAACCAAAGGAGGACAUCCCUGUAUCCAAAGUAAGGCGAGAGGAUGGAGAAGGUCGUUGCAAGGUUCUACAUAGGAAUAUAGUAUUACCUAUUGGAACUAAGUUUCCAAUAGCUAGAUCGACACCUCCAAAGCCAAAGCCGAGAAAAGGGAAGGAGCAAAGAAAGGACAAAGAUGAUAUUUCAGAGGAAGAUAGUGAAUUUUCUUUUGCAGGUUACCGUGUAAUGCGAAGAAAUUCCCCACAGAAUUCCACUAGUCAACAUGAUGACGAUCAUGCUUGGACUAGAGAAGCUUCAGAUGCUGAUUCAGAAGAGGACACUCUUCACCAGUAUGUGCCUGAGGAUCAGCCUGAGGAAGAGGAAGAUAAAGAACCUUCGAUAGCAGAUGAUGAGACUUCCAAAGCAGAUGAUGAGACUUCCAUAGCAGAUGAUGAGAAUUCCAUAGCAGAUGAUGAGAUUUCUACAGUAGAUGAUGAGAUUCCCAUAGCAGAUGAAGAGACUUUCAUCGCAGAUGAGGAUCAUUCCAUUGCUGAUGAUGAACCACAACUAGAUAUAGAGAGACCAGUUCCCGCUCCAAGGAGGUCAGGAAGAGAGAGAAAAGCGCCCGACUGGACCAAAGAUUAUGUGAUGAUGACACAAGAUAAGCCAGACUGGUUACAGCGAGCAACAUUUCUAAGAGAGAUUAUGAAGGAUGGACAUUUUGAUAAUGUGAACUCUAGUGUAUACCAGAUGGCCAUGUUGAACAUUGUUUCAUCAUUGCAGUUAGUCAAUUUUAAAAACAUGUAUAUAUUCUGUUUUUAUGCCGUUUUAUGCUAUAUUUCUCCGUUGAAUGACGCGGACGUCAUUCCAUAACCGGGGGGAGAUUGUAAUAGUAUGAAUAUUAUGAAUAUCGUAUUAUUUGAGUACAUAGAUUAAGUAUAUAGAUUUUAAGAUAAAACCAACCAAAUCUGACACACAUUUUAAAUACACACCACACACACAUAGAUCCACCCUGUACCUUUACACACCUGUAUAUAUACCCCAGGGGCAUUGAUUUGGUAAACAUUUGUGUGCAUGAGUUUUAUUGGUCAGAUAUUUGUUAGGGUUGUUGUGGUUGGUUUGUUGAUCUGAUUAUGAUAUUUUGCCGCCAAGUUUUGUCAAUCUUUGUUUGGUCAGCCAGAGGGUAGCAGUUAUAUAGAAUAAGGCCUACAGUACAUCAUUAAGUCUGACAACAGACUAUUUCUCUUUCUGAUAUAUAAACCAUUAUACACUCAUCAUUACAUG